GCUAUUUUUCUCUUCUUUUCUUGUCAAAGAACUGAUUUUGGGACCUAGAACCCUCCCUUUGAAGUAGAAAUUUCCAGAUCUGCUCUCCCUUCCUCUUCCCUUCGGUCCGUGAGUUUCUACUGGUUGGGGGUGCAAUUUUCUGGGCAUUUUCGGGUAAGCCACAGCCAAGAAAUCAUCUCUUUAACCUUGAUUUAGGCUGGGUUAUGCUAAUUUCUGUUUAUUUCCCUAAAUUUUUGGGUAGUCCGUGAGUUCCCUGCAGCUUGCCGCCGGCUUCUUCUUCUCCCUGCCAAGUCCGGUUCUUGCUGGAAAAUUUUGGUUCUUGAUCAUUCUGUCAGUUUAGUACGUGAAUUGAGUGCUCGGUUUUGCGGAGUGAGGUAAGUAAUUUAUGUGAUAGAGCCGGUUCGUUCAACCCAGCUAGUGGGGGUUAUACACCAGCAAAUCGUGGCCCUGCUAGUGGGGAUUAUACACUGGCCGUGACCUAUAGAGGAGACGUCUAUUUCGUGCCCGUACUGUAUCCGUUUUUCGUGAUUGCACUUGUUGGCAUGCUAUAAGUUUAAUUAAGGGCAAUCCAUAUUUUACUUACUGAGUUAUCUCACCUUGUUUUUCUCGUCCACCAUUUCAGGUAGUGUGCCCCGAGACUCGAAAAUCAAGGGGAGUGACGUGAAAAGAAAAGGGCUAGCCACUUGAGAUUUGACAUAGAUUUUAGAUACAUGUACACCACGCUCCUGUAAGUUAGAUUUUAAUUGGAAAUUUUAUGGUAUCAAAACUGAUUUUGUUCAGUAAGUUUCGAGCCUUGUGCAUUUGUGAGACCCGUCUCACGAGUGCACGGCGUCUGUCGCGCCUCGGAUUUGGGUUCUGAGGCGUGACAUAAAGAUUGGAAACUUGAAGGGCUGAGAGGAGAAAAUGGCAAAACGACGUCGUUUUGACCAAUGGGCUAAAAAAUAAAAAAGAGAGGCUGGCUGGAUAUGGAGUCAUUAUAUGAGGCAUGGGAGAGAUACAAAGAGCUACUCAGGAAGUGUCCACAUCAUGGUCUACCUAUAUGGUUACAGGUACACACUUUUUAUAAUGGUUUAUUUCCUAAUAAUCGUACUAUGCUUGAUGCUGCUGCUGGAGGAUCAUUAAUGAGUAAACAUGCUGAUGAGGGUUAUAACCUCAUAGAGGAGAUGGCUUCAAAUAGUUAUCAAUGGGGUUCGGAAAAAUGGGGUUUGGAAAGAUCACACAUUAAGAAAAAUGCUGGGAUUUAUGGGGUUGAUGCCUUUACUGCUUUAACAGCACAAAUUGAGGCUUUAAACCAAAAGUUAACUAGGAUGAAUGUCUCAACUAUACAAGCCACAAACAUUAAUUGUGACUUGUGUGGGGGAGCACAUCCUAGUUCUGAAUGUUUAGAAGGUAAUUCUUUUAUUUCUUCAUCUGAACAUGCUAACUUUGUUGGUUUUAAUAAGCAGCAAAAUAAUUCAUACUCCAAUACAUAUAAUCCUGGAUGGAAGAAUCAUCCAAAUUUUUCUUGGAGUAACAACCAAAAUAUAGUAAAGCAACCUCCAGGAUUUCAGCAACCAGUUGAGAAAAAGUCAGAUUUGGAGGAUUUGUUGAAAAAAUACAUUGUGGUUAAUGAGUCAAGGUUUCAAAGUCAAGAAACAGCAACCAAGAGCUUGGAAGCUGCAGUCCAGAACCAAGGUGCAUCAAUUUGGAAUUUAGAGGUUCAGGUAGGUCAAUUGGCAAGUGUAGUUUCGAGAAGAGCACAAGGAGCGUUACCAAGCAGUACUGAAAAAAAUCCUAAGGAACAAGUGAAAGCUAUAACAUUGAGAAGUGGGAAGCAAAUUGGAGAUGAAGAAAGCUCAGACAAUGAGGGUGAAAAAGAGAAAGCUCCAACGGAAGAGAAAAAAUCUGAAGUGCCAUCUAAAGAAUCUGAAGAAGUCAAGCCUUAUGCGCCUCCAAUUCCUUUUCCACAUAGAUGCGUUAGCUCAAAUGCCUAGCUAUGCUAAAUUCUUAAAGGAGAUCUUCUCUAACAAGAGGAAAUUGGAAGAGUAUGAAAAUGAAACUCACUAAAGAAU